AUGAAAGUCUACUUGGUUAACCUCGAAAAGCAGCCAGCAUACGUCGGCUACACCGCGAUUGUUAUCUGGUACGGUGUGACCGAGGGCCAACCCAAGUCUUUUGCAACCAAAAAUAAACGAUUCACAGUAGGCAUGUUAAUUCGGCCCAAGACAGACCAGGACAUGUGCAAGAAGCCCACCGAGGGCGGCUACUGGAAGGACUGGGCCGAGACGUUUAAAAUGUUCUGGGACCCCAUCUCCGAGGUCAUGGCCGAGCUAGCCCAGGGCGACGUGUACGGAUACUUCACCGAGGAGCGUGCGGUCGAGCAGAAGGAUCUCAAAAAGUGCCAGGCGGUCUGGUGCAGGGUCGAAAAGUCGAUUCUCGUCCAGUCCCUCAAGGGCAAGCAGGUCACGAGCAUUUCAAAAGUAUGUCGUCUACAAGGCCGAGUCCACCAAGAAGGACGGCUUCAUUAA